UGGGCACGCCGCCGGGUCUUCGCGUUGGACGAACGUUGGCUUGCCAGAGCCGUCGCGUCUUGGUGGCAGCUAUCCGAACAACAUAAAAACGGUUCGGAGCGCAGCGCGCGGCAAAAUAAGGAUCAGGCCCUGGUAUGGCAGCAGCGCGCGUCUGCGAGAACCAAGAUAUGCAAGACACUCAGAAUAUUCAAGAAUUUUGCGGGACUAUCCGGAAGCCACUGCCAGGGCCGCUUUUCGGGCAGCACCGCGGCCAGGCUCUGUGCGCUGCCGGGCACCGCGCGCCGCGGGCGCAGCCGCCGGCGGAGAAAAUGCCUCGCCACUGCUUGAUGUGCGCUGCCGCGCGCCGCGGUCGCAGCCGCCAGAAGGAGAAGAUGGCGCGGCCGCGGGCCACGCAGGCGGCGCCCGUGCCGCGGCGCGAAAACCUACGCCUCCGACCUACCGCCCAGGUACGGUGGCGGGAUGGGCCGAAGGCCAGCAGAUGCCACGACACAACCGCAAACUCGUGCAGGCCGCGCGGAUCCUCCGAGCCUGGCGCCAGACUUCCCCCCCCGCUCCACCAGCCCCGGCGCGUGGAGCGCGCCAGGGACGGCACUGCAGGCGGUCCAGCGCCGACCCGAAGCACCUCUGAGAGCUUGCAGCCCUCGCGCUGCCACAAAUAGGAGUGGCUCGAAAGCAGGCGCGCAGGGGGGUUUUUC